UAACAAACUCUCGUAGACUUAUCAUUUCAGUUGCGAAGAACAGACUUCGAAGACUAGUGGUCAAAAUGGUGCGAUAUUUAGCUCUGUUAAUUUUAUUUUCCAUCAGUGUAGUUAAUUCCAAACAUUUACCAUCGUUUAUAAAGCCGUGCAAAAAGUCCGAUCCUGAAUUUAAAAAGUGCGUUAAGGACAACGCCAUAGACGCGCUUCCUUAUAUUUUAAAAGGUGAUAGUAUGAGUAGAAUACCCAAUUACCUCCCGUUUGAAGUACCUCUUGUAGCUACCACGGCUACUCAAGGUCUUGAUUUGCAGUUACACGAUUUGAAACUUUAUGGUAUGAACACGACAAAAAUCGAGGAAGUCGAUUUCGAUUUGGACAAACAACAUAUUUACGUUAAAGUUUUCAUACCUGAUUCGACAUCGGAAUCUAAUUACACGGUUGAAGGGAAAUUAUUUUCGUUUGUGAUAAACGAUAAAGGUCCGGCCAAGACGAGGAUAGAAAAUUUAACGGUGGAAUAUACCAUAGAUUAUCAAUUAGUUACCAAACGAGAUGGAAAAAGGUACAUCGAUAUCGAUAGUUUGAAAAACAAACUAGAUAUGCAUAUCGGGAAAGGAUAUUAUUAUUUCGGGAACCUUUUCGGCGGUAACAAGGCAUUAACUGACAACUUCAACCAAGUAUUGAACGAAAAUUCCAAGGAUGUUGAUGAUAUUUCCAAGGAUGGAAUGAGAUCGCUUAUCGCCAGUAUGGUAUCAGGUUUAUUCAGCGCCAUAUUCAAAAUUCCUUACGAUGAAAUUUUUAUAGAUUAAAAAGAAACAACAUAAUUAGAUAUAUUUUCGAAUAGUUAUGAAAAUAUUAUAUUUUAUUAUAUUAAUAAAUGAAGUGAGUAUAAUUAUAA